AUGUCCAUUAUAUUAAUCAUAGAGCUCUUCAGAGCGCAAGCGACGGAUUUCCUUUCUUCCACAGACCCGCACGGAAACCCUGCGUAUGAUCCCAACAACCUGCUUGGAUACAUCGCGUCCAACGUCCUGACUGGAAUCGCAUUCAGUAUAGGCACACGGUUCGGCCUGCACGCGCACCCGGAUUCAAAGGGAAUAUUUAUCGUGGGGUAUCUGAUCAUCAUGCUAUCGCUAUGCGCGUUCAUUGCAGCCGACUACGUCCUUCCAGGUCGCCUCUCGCGGUAUCUGGGAGCAACUGAGCACAUGUUGGUGAGCAGCGCUGGUACAAAGUUCAUGGUGAUGAUGAAUGUCAAAAGGUUGCCAGAGUUGCGGUAUUGA